UACAAUCAUUUGGUUACUAUGCCACAAACCUCUGGCUCCUCUUAUGGGAAAGUAUCCAAAACGGUAUCGAUCAUCAAUAUUACUUUCCACACGUUUUACUGUUUUGUACCACACACUUUUCCCAUUUUGUAUUUGUAUCCACCAUUUUUGUCUCUAUUUGUAAAACCAAUUGAGAUUUUAUAAGAUAACAUGGAAGGUAGUCCGCCCUCAAUUUCUGCCUAUGCUCGUGGGGAGAGGAACAUGUUCAAGGGGUCGGAAGGACCUGGGCCGGCCGCAUACUGUGUCAAAUCUGUCUCUGUUCGAAAUGGCAAGCCCCCGCCCAGAAAUUAAUGUUGGGACAAUUAACUAAUGCUUAUCAAUUUUAGAAAUGAUUGCACCCUUCGACACAACCGCGGUUACACCCGUCUCUAAAUCAGUGGGGCCAGGACCAGCUUAUUUUCCCGUGAAGAAAGAUCAUCGAGAAUAUGGGACAGUGGAGUUCCGUUGGGGGGACAGGUUCCAUGAAAAAAUAGACUUUUCCGCAACUUGCACAGAUUCUGAACCAGUAUGGGGCAGAGUUCCAAACCCUUGGGUUCAAACGUUGGAGAAAAUAUUGGCCAUGUCAAGCAAACGGCCUCGAGUAUCUUAUGACAAAUAUUUCUCCAACAAUAUUCCGACAAUUUAUCAUCCUCUUGAUGUUCGCUGUUUCAUUAAAGGAAUUGAUGGUCGGGAAUACCCCUGGCGUCUAAAUCGAAAUAAGUCAGCCUCUCCCUCAAACUACAACACGUAUCAAGUGUACAUUUCACAAUCGAAAAUUACUCCAAAGAUAAAUUUCGGCGCAAUGUCGAAGCGCAAGUCAAUCUUUGUUCCGCAAAUCGGUGCUGGUCCGGCGGGGUAUUUCGUACGCCGGUAUCCACGCGAGGCUCGGGGAGAGUUUCUCGGAAAGAGGUUCGACGACCCAAAGUCGAGUGCGUGGAGACUGUUCGACAUUUUGGAACGUCGGAUGAUAAGAGAUAACUUUACUGGACCUGCAGGGCCCAAAAUUCCGAGUGGUUUUGAUAAGUGUAGCCCUACCGCAGUUUUAGCUCCGUUCAAGUCGAAAACUCCGCUUGGAUUCGUUAAACCCGUCCCAGGCCCCGGUCCUGCUCAACACUUUCUUUUGCAAAUGCAAGAAUCUGACUUACUGACACCUCUCAAACCCGGAUUGAUAACUUUCCCCCCGGAAAAAGCCCCCUUUGAAACAAGUCAAAAACGCUUCGUGGAUCCCGAACUGUACGAAAUGAUGGAUCGUCCUGCACCCAGUGACUAUGAUAUCUUGGGAUUCACUGACAUGAUGAAAUAUGACCUUGGUCGACAUGCGGCAGCCGUUAUAAAUCCGAAACUAGGAUUUCUCACUUCUGCGAUAAGACCUUAUCAAAAGGAGGAGAAGAUUGACACUACAAAUGAUUCUCGGUCCAAGUCUAGCGUGGUUAAGAAGGAAAGAAAAUGGAGAAAUAUAAGACCUCCUCGCACCGUGAAGACGUACACGUACCAUGGACAACCUCCACGAUUGCCGGAUUCACCUGGCCCAAUUUAUGACACUGCUCCUGCCAUGGCCGCUUUAAAAUGUCACAAGACGUGGCUCGAUGCUCGUCACUUUUCUCGAAAUGGUUUCCUCAACUCGGGCUGUGAACGAAAAACAAAUUUCUACCAGAUUGAUAAGGAUGUUCCAGGCGUUGGAAGUUACUAUUCGAGGCUUCCUUGUUGUACAAAAUACAGGGGAAAACAGGCCAUGGCAGGGCCGCGAUUUAAAGCGUACAUUUCCGAUGGCCCUGGCCCAGUUCAUAAGUUGCACGAGAAGGCCGAGAGCAGCAUGUGGCGUGCCUCUCACCUGGGAACUUUCAACAGCAACCUGAAACACACCGGGGUCCUGUAUCCGUGGGCUGGAGGUUUUCGAAAGCGAAAUCUGGACCAAGCUGGUGACUCUGUGUGGGGAAUUAGCCGUCCCGACGACUAUGCUGGACCACUUUGUCCCUUGAAGGCAAAUGAGAUCACGGAAAUGGGCGAUCACAAGGUGUCAUUUCAAUUCAACAAGAUAUCAAAUACUGACGCUAAAAAUACUUGUGGGUAGUAAAAAUGCGGUUUAACAAGAACAUUAAAUUCAAGAAUUUUAAAUUA